CUCAAGUGGAGCACAGGACGGUGAGCAGGAAGCCCAGCGUAGCCUUACUACGCUACUACACUACUAGACAGCGCCAUGGUGCUGACGAACGAGACUCGCCACGUGUACCCUUUCCAGUGGGACGUCGUCACGCGCGCCUUCUGGAACAAGUACCCGAACUCGCGCCUGGCGCACGUGGAGCGCGUGGACGUGCUGGACCGGCGCCUGGACGCGCAGGGCCGCCUCGUGACCACGCGCCUGGCCAAGGUGACGCAGAGGAACGUGCCCGGCUGGGUGCGCUCGGCGCUGGGCGACUCCACGUACGUGUUCGAGGAGACGACGUGCGACGCGCAGCGCCAGCGGCUCGUGCUCAAGUCCACGAACCUGUCGCUGCGCUCCGUGGCCACCGUGGAGGAGACGUGCGUGUACUCGGUGCACCCGGAGGACGCCAGCAAGACGCUGUACGAGGCCGAGGCCAAGGUCACGGCCUUCGUGCCGCUGGUGAGCCAGAAGCUCGAGAAGUUCUCGGUCAGCCGCGGCGCCGAGACGGCCGCCAAGGGCAUCCGCGCCGUGGAGGAGAUCUGCCACGACAUCUUUGAAGGGACGUUCCAGCCGGCGUUCUGCCAGUCGGUGGACGCGGCCAAGGACUCGGUGGCGGCCAAUGCCGUGAAGGACUUUGCGGCGGCUGCGGACAAGUGGACAGAAAAGCAGUAGAGAGGAGCUGUACUGGUGGAGUAUUCUGUAAAUGGAGGACCGGGAGAGGCUGCAGCAGAGGGUUUCUCCGGGGUCUCAUUGCAAUAAUGUCAUAAGGCGUCACUUUUU